AUGACUCCUCUGUCCUACAACUUGAUACCUAAGGACGAAGAAGUCGAAAUCCUCUUUCAUCUCUCGGAACUAGCACAUCCUGGCAAGAAGACAUUGUCUUUGAAAGACAUCGAACUGAUAGAUCCGGAACGACUAAAGAGGGUUUCAGCAACAGAACGCCUCAUCAACCUGAAAGCCGUGGCGAGCAAGGAGGAACGAGGUUUUGGAACGGCGGUGUUGGAAUCAGCCUAUCGGUUCCUGCUUGGAUCACUCGCAGGAGCAUGUGGCGCCACCGCCGUUUACCCUAUAGAUCUCGAAGGUCGUCAAGUUUGA